AUGGAAAUGGAAGAAGUGGAGUCCACUUGGAAGGCCCUGUUCCAGCGGCGGGUGGUGAUGGCGGCCAAGCACUGCCACAGCAUCCACGAGCAGCUCCUCGGGGUGCUCGAGGCCGUGGACGCCGACGUGCAAAACAGGCGCCGCCACCAGGGGCCCCGCGCGGAGGCGGCGCAGCGCGCGCUCGAGGGCGCCUCGAUGGAUCUCGGCCUCGCCUUCGCCAGCAGUGGCGGACCCAGGAUUUGA